AUGCCUGCCUUUGGCUAUUCCGUAGGCGACUGCAUCGCCUCCGUCGAGCUUCUCGUCCGCAUCAUUAAAGCGCUCCGUGAUAGCGGCGGAUCAGCCUCCGAAUUCCAACAGCUGCAGACCGAUCUCGAAUUCUUAGGAGCGAUACUCAAACAGCUUAAGAUUUUCGACGUGGUUCCUGAGCAUAGUAGAGCCAUAGCUUCAGCCUUGGCGACAGCCCAGAGUGUUGCUACUUCCAACGCAAUUUCUCAUGCAAAUGCCCUGCAGCGGGUGGAAAAUGGCUUAUCUCAACUCGCCGUCAACGCGAAAGACAACACCCAGCAGACUCAGUCUAACCAAAAGGUGCUAAUGUCAGCACUCGAACUAUCACGGACCGAGGCUUCCGCCCAUGCUGGUUCCAUCGCUGCGUCUUCCCAUCGUUUAGAAGAUGCCAUGUCUGACCUUACCCUUGCGUUCAACAACGGCUUCCGCAUAUGGGAGACUGACCAAAGGCAAGUUUACCAAAAUAUGACCAAGGACCUCACGAAAAGGGAAGAAAGAAUCUCACAGCACAUCUCCCAAGCGUCCAACGAUCAACUACGGGCUUGGAAUUGCUUCACUGAAGAAGCGAGAAAGUGCGGGCAGAGUUCUCAAAGCUCAAUGACAUUGCUCCAUGAAGCUGUUGGAUCUCAAUCAUCGCUACUUGAUUCACGCCUAAGUCAUAUGCAUGCGUCUAUCGAUGCUCAUACCUCUGAGACCAUUGCACUCUGCACUUCGCUCCGGUCUGGUAUAGCGACAUUGGAGAGACUUUCUGAUGAUAAAAGGCAGCAAAGCAGAAGGUUCUCCGGCCAGAAUCGGGACGAUUUCAAUGUUCCCUCCUCGUUAGCAUCUCGGAAUCAACAGCUCAUGCGAAGCAGCCCACAUUGGACCCACAGUCCAGCGAACGCUUCAUUUGAUUGUGCGACACCUCCCAUAGGAAUACUUGUGGCACAACUAUUAGAAAGUGUUAUCAUCGCUUUGUGGGUAGUGCCAUGGACACUACUUCGCAAAUUCCUGGUUCUACUCCAACGAUUCGGGAAGAACAUCGUCCUCUACAGGACGCCGAGAUUACACAUCUCGGAGUGUAUACACUUUUUCGACGCUCUUGGCGGGACUCGCAUUCUCCAGUAUGACAUCUGUAGGGACUGGGAUACAUUUCACUUUCUCCUCCGCAAGCACUAUUUUGGCCGUCCAGGAUCUGGCAGGGUUCAAAGAGAGGAAUUCCUACUCCUAGAUCUUCGAACCAGGAAAGCCUUCUCAAAAGCAAACCGGUCGAGGGAGCUCUCCCCAGGAUCUCAAGUCGCAAUGUCAAUAAAAAUUGAUGAGUGGCGGUUCUACGGGAGAAGAUGUCCGCGGCCUUCGUGCAGCGGAUUUCUUAAGAAGAUAAGAGAGAACUUUCAGUUCUAUACGCAAUGCACUGUGUGCUGCACGAUUCUGCACUCAACAGAUGCCCCGACCCCUGCUUCUCCAACUCUGGAGAACGAACCCCAGAUCCAAACGGCGCAUCACAACAUCAAGGGACAAGUUCAUGGAUGUCCAGCUAUAUCUUCAAUGGAAACAGAGGAGCUUAAGGCUUUCCGCCGAGUACAUGUCGGACCAGAGAUACCCUCAAUGGAUAUAGAAGAGAUUGAGGCUUGUGGAAAAGGUUUAGAAGGGACGAAACAUGCACCCUUUCUUCGCAAGGACAAGCUUAACACGCAUCUUGAGAGGGCACAUAGAAAGGAAGCAAUGCCAAUAAAGCACCAGACCCUGGAGGAUAAAUAUAAGUUGAUAAAAUCUCUUCUCUCGCCUGCACUAACCACAGCCGCCGCCACAAGGGAGAGGCAAGAGACCAGCGAGGUUUUAAUCGAGUCGAAAAGCGAUGUUGAUCUGGCCUCUGGAUUCGACAUCGAUCCGGCCUUGGGAUUCGACAUCGACCCCCCCUCCGUCGUUCCGGUCUUUAGAUUCGACACCCAUUUCCGCGCCGUGGGUUCAACAUUGAAUGUGGCUUUGAGGAAACCCGAGAUCAGAUAUGGAAGCAGAGAUGCAGUAUUCGCUUGCAGCGAUUGCGAAUAUCUGCAGUUGUCAUCUCUGAACCCGGCAUGUGUGAUGUGUGGCCAUUUUUGA